UUUCGGACAGCGGCAGGGUGGCGAGGCGUCUGGCAGGGAGGCGCGGAACGUAAACACACAGAGGCUUGACCUGUUGUGCUGUGCUGCGUGUGUCACUCUGCUCUCGGGGAAUGACCAGAACGCGUGCCUAUCACUCAGUGUGCACAUGAACAUUGUACGCGAAGGAGUCUGUUGCAGUGCUGGGAGGCGGUAAGGUCACGAAGGGAGUCAGAGUAGCGACUAGCGAGUGUUGAGUGCUGAGUGAGAGUGAGAGGCUGUAGUGGUGGUGGUGGUGUGUCCGGGUGUUGCUGUGACUCUCCUCAAAGCUCAGUAGCAAGUCUUAGCAGCACAGCAAGGAAUGGUGGGUGACAGGCCGGCCUCUGCACGUCGUCCCUCCUUGGGCCUCUAACAGCCGUCUCCUACUGAAUAGAAUAAGCUGUGUGUGAGCAGUUUUUUUAGUUGAUUGAUAAGGAAUGCAAAACUCCAGCCCGGAAUGGCCAGCACCAGCCAUGGGGUCUAAUGUAGUUGUGUGGCCACCAUGGCCCAGUCAGUGGCUAGAGGAGGACCGUCUAGAGGCCCUUGUGCUGCUGGCCUCUGAGUACCAGCCAUGGGUCUGCUCUGUGGUGGCCGCCAUCGCUGUGGGCCUGGCCGGGGUGGUGCCGCUUCUCUUCCUGCCCACAGACCACCAGGCCAAGACCAGCAGUGGUGGACUGAGUGUUCUGCCUCUCCUGCUCAGCUUUGCAGUGGGUGGUCUGCUGGGAGAUGUAUUCCUUCACCUCCUGCCGGAAGCAUGGAGUAUGGCCCUGGAAGGGGGUGCCGGGACCCAUGAGGCCUUCACCCAGGUGGGAUUGUGUGUGCUGGCAGGAAUUUUUGUCUUCAUUGUGGUGGAGAUGCUGGCAAGUCAUGACUCCUCCUCCACAGCACUGAACAACAACAACAAUACUAAGGGAGGCUCAGGAGAUGGCCGGAAGGAGGUGACGGGCUACCUCAAUCUUGUCGCCAAUGGGAUUGACAACUUCACUCAUGGCCUGGCAGUGGCUGGCUCCUUCAUGGUGUCCUACAAGACGGGCCUGCUUACCACGGCUGCUAUCCUCAUUCAUGAGGUGCCACACGAGAUUGGUGACUUUGCCAUCCUUCUGAAGUCAGGGUUCAGCAGAUGGGAGGCAACCAAGGCCCAGUUCUACACAGCGACAGUGGGACUUGUGGGGGCUCUAGUCACCCUUUUCCUAGGCAGCACAGAGAUUCUGGGUGGAGUUCAAGUGUACAUCUUGGGCUUCACAGCUGGAGGCUUUCUCAACAUUGCUCUGGUCACAGUGUUGCCAGACCUGCUGCAGGAGGAUCGACCAGCUCAGUCCUGCGCUCAACUGCUGUGCCUCCUCUUUGGCACCCUGACAAUGGCAACGGUGGCACUCACCUGUUAGUCACAUCCCAACACUCUCACUGUUGGGAGUUGUGUGCCCAGCUCUUUGUUUUUGGUCACCCACCUCACAGUAAACAUCUUCCAUCCUAACAGCCUUCACCUCCCCCCAUCCUCACCCAGACUCACACCCUCCCAGGAGAGGCUCAGCAGUCAUGGGUGUGUUUUGUAUGGAGUUGUAUCAGAUAUUUAGGUUCCAGAUCCUCAAAGUGUUCAUAGAGUUUUCCCAAGAUGCAUUUACAAAUUUUUGUUUUGUACUUUUAUGAAAGCUAUCUUUUGUAUGUAAUUGUGAUUGUAUAUACAGUUAUCUAAUUACUGUUUUAUAGAGAGCAAAGGCAUAUCUAUGUAGUAUUAAGGUGCCACUUGUUAUGACAAAACUACUUAUGAAUCUAGUUCAAUUUACUUAUAUAUUUAUCUACUUACAGGCCACACUAAUGUGUGUGUGUGUGUGUGUGUGUGUGUGUGUGUGUGUGUGUGUGUGUGUGUGUGUGUGUGUGUGUGUGUGU